AUGAAACAUCGCUUCCUCCUCCCUUUUCUGACUAUUAUCCUUCUUUUCCGAGCUUCCAAGGCUACGGUUCUUGAAAAAAAGGGUCAAUGCGUGGAUGUGGAUGCAUAUUUUGCGGUCCCCGACGAGCCGGAGCAGCCGAUCCAACGGGACCAGCCCGGAAAUUGUGGUGGCGACGGAUGGACCAACUUUACGAGACCUUCGGGCGAAUGGUGCAUCAAGGUGAGAUGUGUGGGCGUUUCGAAAUUUUUUGUACGUAUUCUACACACCUAGAGCAACGUUUUUUGUCUUGAAAAUUUUUCGGUACAACCAUUUUCAAGGGAGUUAUAGAUCAAAAAAGUGAUUUGACCAGUUUCUCACUAAAAAUCGCUAUAACUCUCUUGAAAAUGAAUGGAUCGAAAAGUUGUGAACACAAAAAAUGACGGUCUAGAUGUGUAGAAUAUGUAUAAAACUUUUGGGGUCCAAAACACGGUCCCUAGCUGACCGAAACCUUGCCAGAUCUUCUAUGAGGACGAUAUAACUCAAGCGGCGGCGGAAAAAGAGUGUCAAGCUCAGGGAGCCACACUUUCCGGGUUCCAGAACAUGAUGGAGGUCCAGUGGGCUGCAGGUAAGUGGUCCCAAACCGACCGGGACCAAAAAUCACCAGAUAACUUUUCAGCCAUGUCAACUAUUGGGAUCUAUCCACGGACCGGAAGUAUUUGGGUAGGAUUGAAGCGUCGGGAAGAUUGUUUGAACGUCGGAAGGACCAAAAACUGUACGGGCAUGAAUUCGUUCCAAUGGACCGACCGAUCAGCUAGCGGGACCGACGGAAUGUUGUGGUCUUGCGGACAACCGGACAAUUCUCGGUAGAAAACUGAAAAAAUUGAUAUUGUCCAUUCAACCCGCUGUAUCUCAGCUGCUGGUAGAGAUAUCCAAGCGGGACCAACUGAUGAAAUGUACAAAAUCUUGUAAGGUACAAUUUUCUAGUUGACACUUUCUUGAUAUCUCUAUCACCAACUGAGAUAUAUCGCUUUGAAUAUUAUCAAUUUCAAAAAUUCAGCCUCUACCAACACUGCGCGGUACUUCAAGCGUCUCCGAUCAGUUAUUUGGCCGGAUUUCAGACGGGCACUUUGGACGAUGUUUCGUCAGUUUUCACUGAAAAUUUCGCUGAAAAUGAACUGAUUUCAGAUGUGAACUGAAGAGAACGAAUAAGAAUAUGCUGCGGGCGGUGGUUGGAUACGUUUGUGGAAGAAGAGCUCAAUGA